AUGGCCGUGUCCAGAGUGACUGAGACGGUACAGAACACAGUGACAGUAAAGCCAUCAACCAAGUCGACAUCCACGUCGACAACCUCCACGAUGCCAGAAAGCUCAACUACCGACCAAAACGAAUCCUCUACCGAAGCUUCUGAGACCAAGGCCACUUCGACCGAUGACGAAGAGCCGACAGCCAGCGCGACGGAUCAGCAAUCAUCUAUCGUGCAAACUGUCACAGCAGGGGGCACUGUCAGGACGGUGACUGUUGCGCCAUCACAGACAGGUGGAACAAUUGCAAACGAAAACACGUCGGGGACGACUGACAAAAGCGGACUCGGCACUGGCCAGGUUGUUGGCAUUGUGGUGGGCGUUAUCGCUGCCGUCAUCCUCGCCGCAGGCGUGGUCCUGUUCCUCUGGUUCCGCCGCAAGAAGCAACAAAACGAGCAGGAGGCCUAUCGGGACGACCCCAGUAUCCGAGAUAGUUCCUCGGGUAUUGCUCAGCGACCUGACAUGAGCACCACCAAUGGCUCACCGAUUGCUUCAGCCGCCGCAGGCAGUCGCAACAGCACCCUGCAGGUUGAUCCGCGAAUGGAUCCAUUCAAGCAGGGCUUAUACGUCCGAAGUGCAAGUCACGAGAGUAUCAACACUUUGCGGGACGAUCACGACUAUUCGAGGAGGAUCCAAGCACCCAAAGUACUUCGUGCAACCAACCCCGAUCCAACGCCGGAACCCUGA